AUGGAAAUACUCGAAAUUUCACAUACGCAUCGUCCGAACGUAGAUAUGUACAUUGACAUUGAAGAAAAUAACAUUGUCAUAUAUCUACCUCCUGGUCUCGACGGACGUCAUCAACAGUUUAUAGACGCUAUCAGACAAUAUAACCCUGUUAUAC